GGUGGAACAGACACCAGGGAAGGGAAAGUCAAUAUUUUACUCCAAGCCUACAUAUCCAAUCGAUUCGUGGAGGACUUUGCUCUCGUGUCAGAUUCAAUGUAUGUUGCACAAAAUGGAGCCAGGAUUAUCCGAGCCCUGUUGGAGAUAGCGUUGAGCCAAAGAUGGGCCAACGCUAGUGGGGUUCUCAUAUCCAUGAGCAAAUCUGUUGAGAAACGAAUAUGGGGAUAUCAGCACCCAUUGGAACAGUUUGAUCUCUCACCAGACGUACGGUAUAACCUAGGAAGAUGGGCAGAUGAACUAGAAAUUCAAGAGCUCGCAUCGCAAACCGCGGCCGAACUCGGGCAUUUAAUUCAUCUCAACGAAAGAUAUGGAGCAUUUCUAUUGAAAGCUGCAAAGCAAUUCCCAAGUCUGCAUCUCUCUACAAAGCUACGCCCCCUUUCACAUGACUUGCUUGAAAUUCGCCUUAGGAUAGUGCAAAAUUUCAGUUGGUCAACGAAAGUUCACGGAUCAGUCGAGCCAUUCUGGAUAUGGAUCGAAGACGAACAUGGACUCCAGAUACUUCAACUCUCGAGAGUUGCAUUCCGGCAAACUACUGAUAUUACCAAAUUGGAAUUCAUCAUCCCUCUUCCCACACCUAAGCCCGACUUCUUGACUGUCCGAGCCAUUUCCGAUCGCUGG